AUGAGUCAACUUGAAAGGCUGCUCAUACAGGGCGUAAGAUCAUUUCCACCAGACGAAUCAAACAUAAUCCAAUUUUAUUCACCAUUGACCAUUAUUGUUGGAGCAAACGGAACUGGCAAGACAACUAUUAUAGAAUGCCUCAAGUUUGCUACAACGGGAGAGUUGCCCCCUGGAAGUAAAGGUGGAGCAUUCAUUCAUGAUCCCAAAAUUGUCGGACGAACAGAAGUCAGGGCUCAAGUGCGACUGGUUUUCAAAGCUGUCGAUGGUCAAGAGACGAUGGUGUCUCGUACCCUGCAGCUCACUCAAAAGAAGGCAAAGAUGGAGCAAAAGACUUUGGAUACAUUGUUACGAGUCAGGGAUAAAAAUACUGGCAAGUCGAAAGAUCUGACUGCUAGAUGUGGUGAUGUCAAUACAGAGAUACCUGCAUUUCUUGGAGUGACGCCUGCAAUACUUGAGAAUGUUAUAUUCUGUCAUCAGGAAGAUUCCAGCUGGCCAUUGUCAGAGCCCUCAGUCCUCAAGAAGAAGUUUGAUGACAUAUUUGCAUCGACACGAUACACCAAAGCUAUGGAUGCAGUCAAAGCUGAGCGUAAAGAGCUUGCUGCUGAUAUCAAGACAUCGGAAGAGACUCUCAAGUUCUUGAAACGUGACAAGGAAAAUGCAGACAAGUUGGAAAAGAGUCUGGAAGACACUCGACGUGACAUCGAGAACACUGAAAGACGUUUCAAUGAUAUUGAAACUGGUUCACUCAGAGCAGUUGCCGACGAGUUGGAGGCUCUAAAAGUGCAGUACCAGGAGUUGAUUUCCGUACAGACUGAAAUUGAUCGAGCAAAAGGGAAUCGUGAUUUUGCUGCCAAUGAGGUCGUCAAAUUGCUAGCCAGUUUGGACGGCAAGAUUUAUCAUGAGUCGGAUGAAGAGUUGAGGGCCAUGUUGCAACAGCAUACUACAGCUCUCAACUCAAGUGAGCAAGACCGUAUUGAUCUGAUGACGAAGCAACGAAAGAUUGCUGAAGCAACAAGGAAGCUUCAAGAUGAUGUCAACAAGCUAUUGACAGAACAAGGAACUCUACGAGCACAGCAAAAGGCGUAUGAAGUCAAAACCAAUGAUCGCAAUACUCUUAUUGUUGAGCUAGCACGUAAACAUAACAUACGUGGGUUCACAUCAUCAACUGGUGAAGAUGCUGCUCGAUUUUCUGCCGCUCUGACUACAGAAUUGGGAGCACGACAGGGUGCAUUAGCGACCUUAUCUACUGCUGGUAAAGAGGCUGAACAGCGUAUAGUUGGUGAAUUUCAACAGCUGCGAACAGAUUUGUCUACUGAAGAGAACAAUAAACGGUCCAAGCGCUCUCAGAUGGAUGAUUACAACAAAAAAAUAAUGUAUAUUGAAGAUCAACUGAAAGCCUUUACCGUUACUUCCCAAGACUUGGAAACUUUGCAACGCCGUCUUGAUGAGCAGGAGGCAAAUUUUGAUAAAGCCAACGGUGCCUUUGACGCCUCUGGAAGCGAUGCCAAGAUUUGUCAGUUGAGUGACAAAGUGACUGACAUUGAAAGGUCAAUGUCGAAGAUGCACAGCAAGGCUGCUUCUGUGAGCAAACAAGCUGAUGAACGAGCUCGUUUCAACUCCAAGUCUGAUGAUUUGAACACGAAACGUGCUGAUCGUGAUCAACUACGCACUGGUGUUGAGAAAGACUUGGAGCAGAUAGAUGGAAGCCAGACACGCAAGAAUGUGGAUGUGUCGUUACUGGCUCAGACGGUGCAAGCGUUAUAUCGUGGAAAGCAGGCCGCAUCCCAUGAUGCACAAGACAAAUUAGACUCCGCUCGAGCUGAGUUGGCAGAUAUUGCUGCGUCGCUCAAACUGAAUACCGCUUCACUCAAAACAAAGAAGAAUGAAUUCGAUGCCAAGACGGCCGUCAUACAGCGUGUAUUGGAAGGCCAUGCGUUUGAAGAUGUUUGGCAGACAACCGAAGAUGACUAUCAGGAAGCACUUGGGAACAUCAAAAAUCAAGAUUUCAUUACCAAAUUCUUCACUGGCCUAAAAGUACAGUCCAGUUCUGGUGCUGUAUGCCCUGUCUGUCGUAGAAGCUGUGACACCCCUACGGAAAGAUCUGCCCUGUCACAAAGAUUGGAUGAUAUGGCACGUGCUAAGCCGGCAGAAGACUUGGAAGAAUUGGAGGAACGUCGUCGAGCAUUGCAAGCCAUACAAGGCGAUGUUACUGCUGUCAAACGAUUGGAAAAGGAGAUUGAAGAUUUGAAGAAACAAAUCAAGACUUCUGAAAAGGCAAACAAAAGUGCUGGGUCACAAUUUGACCAGGCAACCUUGGCCUCUCAAGUAGCCAACAACUCUCUGAACGAUGCCACUUCUUUGAUGCAAAAGAUGAAAGAUCUCACCAAGGUCCAAAAUGAUAUCAACAUGCUGGAAGUUGAUGUGAAAGCUUUGAAUGACAAGCUGCAACUGUCUGGUAUGGAUGGCGACCAAGGUGAUCUUUCUGCCGAGUUGAGACGACUUGAGCAGGAGCUGGCUCAAGCACGACAAGAUCGUGACAAGGUCAUCUCUGACAAACAAGCCAAAGAACGAGAACUCAGAGCACUCGAGACUCAGCUUCAAAAUACUCGUCAAGACUUUGGAUCUUGUUCUCAAAAGCUGGAUCGUCGCAUUGAGUUGGAAGAGCAGGUGAAGUCAUACAAGACUCAGGUUGACCAAUGGACUCGAGAUAUAGAGGCUAAUGAUCGGCGACUGGCAGAAAUCAGACCAAAACUGGCUGCUCUAGAGAACGAGCUCAACCAAAUUCGACAAUCGAAUGCUACAAAGGAAGGACGUGAACGUAAUUUGGUUGAAUCGCUUCAAACAUCUAUGAAUCAGUUGAAUUCACUGUCGCGUGAUAUUGGAAGGUAUCAAGACGAAUGCAUCGAAGAACUAUUAGAAGGCAACAUUGAAAGUCUUGAUGAGAAGCAAACCCUAAUCUCCACACUGAACGAUGAAAAUAAAGCCCUUGAAGCUCAACGUCGCAAAAUGGAUAGUGAUGAUGGUCAAGUCAAGCUCCGAGAAAUAGCCAUUGAUAGCAACCUCCAACUACGAGCUCGUAAAGAAGAAGAACGUACUUAUGCUAAACAAGUCGACACCCUCAAAGCCAACAGAGCCAGAUACGACUCUGGUACACUUAGAAAUGCUAUUAAUGCUACAGAACGGAAGCAAAAUGAAUUGAAACAAGAGCGAAACGGCUUACAAAAUCAAUUGAUUGAGCUACGUGAACGUAAACGAGGUUAUGAGGCUAGUUUGACUGGUGAUGGAACGCUUCAGGGAGCUCAUCAGCGCUACUGGGAGGCAGAUAUGAAACUGAAGACCAAGAACCUUGCUCUUGAAGAUCAGGAAAAGAUUGUGAAGUCAUUGGAUGCAGGAAUAAUAAACUAUCACACGAGAAAGAUGAAGGAGAUCAAUAAGAUUAUCAAGGAAUUAUGGAUCAAAACCUACAAGGGCGGCGAUAUCGAUACCAUUGAAAUUCGAUCUGACCAUGAUGCUAGCAAGGUUCGAUCGUAUCAGUAUCGAGUUGUCAUGUUGAAGGACCAAUCAGUACUAGAUAUGCGAGGACGAUGUAGUGCAGGUCAAAAAGUAUUGACCUCCAUCAUCAUUCGUCUUGCGUUGGCUGAAUCCUUCGGUGCUCAAUGUGGUAUCUUGGCCUUGGACGAGCCCACUACCAAUAUGGAUCAAGCCAAUAUUGCAGGUUUGGUGCAUUCUUUGGCCGAAAUCAUUGAAACUCGUCGAGAACAGUCCAACUUUCAGCUGAUUGUGAUUACUCAUGACGAAACAUUCCUGCAACACUUGGGUCAAUAUGCAGAGUACUAUUACAAGGUUGCGAAAACUGUAAAUGAGGGAUCAUAUAUUGAACGAAAGAGCUUUUCAGUCCGAGCAAAUUAA